CAAAGUAGUUCAUGUCUGUCGAAUUCACAUUUUGGUCGGCAACUCAACAACUAACGUAAGAGAGAGAGAGAGAGAGAGAACUCUCUUUGUGUCUUCAUUCAUCUAUCUCUAUACUUAAAAGGUUGCAAAUCUUUCUCACUCACCACUCUUCUUUUCCACAACAUCCAUCACUCUCUCUCUUCUCUCUCUUUUCUUCUCUCAUCCACCAUUCACUUUCACUUCCUCUUCACAACAAUCCCACCUUUUUUUCCUUCAAAUCUCUUCUGAGUUUCUCUCAAAAUUCAAACUUUCUUUAGAUAUGUUUGUAGUUAUGGAUUCCAUGGAAAAAACCACAGAAAAGUGUUUAGAUUCACAACUAUGGCAUGCUUGUGCUGGUGCCAUGGUUCAAAUGCCACCACUCAACACAAAAGUCUUUUACUUUCCACAAGGUCAUGCAGAACAUGCUCAUGGCAAAGUAGAUUUCAACAAAACUCGUGUUCCACCACUUAUUCCUUGUAGAAUCUCUGCUAUGAAAUACAUGGCUGACCCUGAAACUGAUGAAGUUUAUGUCAAAAUGAGAUUAACACCUUUAAGAGAAAAUGAAUUAGAUUUAGAAGAAGAUUGUUUCUUUGGAAACAAUGGUUUAGAGGGUCAAGAAAAACCAACUUCUUUUGCUAAAACAUUGACACAAUCUGAUGCAAAUAAUGGUGGUGGUUUUUCUGUUCCUAGAUAUUGUGCUGAGACAAUUUUUCCUAGAUUGGAUUACUCUGCAGAACCACCUGUUCAGACAAUUAUUGCUAAGGAUAUGCAUGGACAGUGUUGGAAGUUUAGACAUAUUUAUAGAGGAACACCAAGGAGACAUCUUUUGACAACUGGUUGGAGCAAUUUUGUGAAUCAUAAGAAGCUUGUUGCAGGUGAUUCAAUUGUAUUUUUAAGAGCUGAAAAUGGAGAUCUUUGUGUUGGUAUAAGAAGAGCUAAGAAAGGUGGAAUUGGUGGUGGAAUAACAGAUCAGUUUUCGAAUUCUUCGAGUAAUUGGAACCGUGUUUCGCCUUUGUUUGGCGGUGGUGGUGGUGGUUCUGGUUUUUUGUGUGGAAAUGAAAACAGAAAAAGUUGUGGUGGUGUUGGUGGUGAUGAUGAUUUGAUGAGAAGAGUUGGUUCUGAAUCUGUUGUUGAAGCUGUGAAUUGUGCUAUUAAUGGAAGAUCUUUUGAAGUUGUGUAUUAUCCAAGAGCUAGUACUCCUGAAUUUUGUGUUAAAGUUUCUUCUGUUAAAUCUGCAAUGCAAAUUCAAUGGUGUUCUGGUAUGAGAUUUAAAAUGCCAUUUGAAACUGAAGAUUCUUCUAGAAUUAGUUGGUUUAUGGGAACUAUUUCUUCUGUUCAUGUUCAAGAUCCAAUUCAUUGGCCUGAUUCUCCUUGGCGCCUUCUUCAGGUAGUGUGGGAUGAACCAGAUUUACUACAAAAUGUGAAAUGUGUAAACCCUUGGUUAGUUGAGUUAGUCUCAAACAUGCCAAAUUUCAAUCUUUCACCAUUCACACCUCCAAGAAAAAAACCAAGAUUUAUUCAAGAUCCAUAUUUUCAUCUCAUAAAUCAACUUCCAAUGCCAACAUCAUCAUCAUCAUCAUUAACAUCAUUCUCCAACAUUAAUCUUCUCAAUUAUACAAACUCAUCUCUCUGUAACAUUCAAGAUAAUAGUCCUAAUUAUAGUUCAUCAUCAAGCAUACAGGGAGCCAGGCAUGCUCAAUUUGGAUCAAAUAAUAAUUUUCCAUCUGAUUUAAUUCCUUUCAACAAAUUACAACAGGACAUGUUUCUUGGUAAUUUGUCAAUGUCAAGAUUUGAUAAAAAACAACCUAUUAGACCAACUUGUGGACCCAACAACAAUAAUAAGAACAAUGUUGACUUGUCUUGUUUGUUGAGUGUAGGAAAUUCUGGUCAAAGUUUUAAGGAAUUAUCCAAUAUUGAAGCAAAAGCACCCCAUAAACACCAAAUUUUGUUAUUUGGAAAACUCAUUCACACUGAACAACAGAACAAUUCAUCAAAUGUUUCAAAGAGUGGUUCUUUAUCUGAAGGAAUUACAUCAUUGAAAACAUCAAAUGUUUCUUCUUCUUCUGAUCCAGUUGAGAAUUCUUCUGAUGGAGGCUCACCACCUUGGUAUAAGGAUCAACAACAACAUAAGACUGAUCUUGUUGGAACAGAAAAUGUUACAACAUUGUGUAUGGCUUCAUAACAAAUUCAAAUGAGUUCAUGAAGACAUUGAUUAAGGAGGCUAAUUAUUCUUAAACUGAUUUCUUUUGUUGUAAUGAAUAUUAUUGUUUUUCAAUUUGGCAUAAUUCUUCUAUUAAGGUGCAAGUUAACAAAAAUAUUCCUUAUUUGGUUCUGAAAAAUAUUUUGUUUUAUUUAUUUAUUUUGCAACUUAAUAAACCCUUUGAUGAACUAAAGGGGUAAUAUUUUCUUUAACUUGCACUUGUUUAAGGUAAUGAGGGAGAAUCCCUCUUCCAAUUUGUGGGAUUAUGCAACUAUGAAUGAAUUUCUAUAUAUCAAGGAUUUUUUUUAUCCUACAUAUAUUGUCUUUGAUUUUCUUGAUCAAGUAUUCAAGGUUUUUAUCUUUUUAUUAAGGUUAUGUUCACCUAAGCACAUCUAUUAUAUAUAUACAUUCCCCCCUUAAUUUUUCCUUGUUAUAAGAUCUACUUGGAGAUUUUAUUGUCUCUUAAUAUAAGACCUUUUUUUUAAAA